UAACCGUAUACUAAACAAAUUUCCUUUGUCCAGUGAUCAGAUUGUUUUUUAAGCUAAGAAAACGAAUGCUUAUGUUUUCUUCUUUUUAAUGUCAUAAGAUAUGAAAAUCUACAGUAGAAUUUUCUCAAAUACAAAGAACUAAUGAAUAAAUUGUAUUCUAACAGGACCACUCAGGUGUAAUUAUCCAAUGAAAUGCCUAAUAGCAAGUCACGUGAGAUACGACACACAUUCUUGAGGACACCGAUAAUACACAACCGAACGCUUGUAAAAUUAUGUAAAAUUCCUACUGUUUGACAAUUAAUGCAAAGGUGCAUUUUGAGUUAUUGUAAGACAAUUUAUUUGACAAUAUUUGAGCGUGAAUUUCAUUGAGAAAUGUCGUCACAAGGUUCUCAGAGAGGACGGCUAAAUUUGUCACCCUCUGCGAUGCCAUCCAUGAUGAGACCUAUGAAAGCAGUGAAGCCGUUCACGUUGAAAGGCAGUCCUACAAGAAAAAGUCCAGUUUGUUCGCCAACACCGAUUGCAAUUGGUCAUCGGAAUUCACCUGAACGAAAGUCGCCUAUAUCGCCUAGUUUUAAAGUAGAGAAACCCCGUGCAGUGAGAAGUAAUGGAAGCCCAUCAUUAAGAAGAGCUGGAUCAUUGGAAGCUAUUUACAAUUCAUAUCUAAGUGGUAAAUGGCCAACUCCAGAAGUUUUAUCACAUUUUAUGGUGGAUCAGACUACCCAGACUCCCGACGAUUGGGAAAUAAACAGUCAGCAGAAAACAAAGAAGAAAAAGAAAAGCCAUGGACGAUCUGCAUCAUUUGGACAAGGAGAUCAUGUUGCUAAUGCUAAAAAUAUUCAUUAUAUUAAGCAUAGGUUACAGAAGACUAAAGAAGGAAGUAGACAAAAUGGAAAACAAAGUCCAGUCCCAGGAAAUCAUCAGGCAUUAUCAUCAACAGCUCCAGCAGCCUUGCAGGGCUUACAGAGGGCAUCUAAACCACAGGGCAUUCCUAAUCACAUUCCUAAGUCUAGUAAUCUGUCUAGAUAUCAACGUAACAGUGUAGAAGGAUUGAAUACAGAGAUAGAGAAGCUAGUACUACACAGCAGAGAAGAAGAAUUGGACAGGGUAUGCUCCCCUGAUACAUUGAAUUUGAUAUCUAUACUGUCACAGUAUGCAUAUGACAUUCCUGAUGGACAUAAAGCUCCCUGUCCUGAACUUGUAAACAGAGGUAGUAGUACCAGAAGUAUAGAUACCCAGACACCAGGCACGGGAAAUCUCAGCGACAACAGUUCUGGUAGUAGAUCUCAUUCAGUUAGUCCGGCCAUUCCAAUAAUUCCAGGUCAUAUGGAUUCAUCCCGUCCAUCUAGUGAAUCUUCACCAAGGCGUCCAUCUAGUGAUUCUUCACCUCGACGCCCAUCCAGUGAAUAUUCACCAAGAGAAAUGGAAAAGGUGGAAGGAUGUGAAUCUCCUGAUAGUUUACAAAAGAAAAUAUCUAGUCCAGGACCAAAUAAUUCCUACUUGUUUGUAAGAGAGCCACCAGAUGGCUGUGAAAAGGUCAAAGUUAUUGAUGAAGAUACGAAAAGUCAUCCAACCAUUAAAGAACCAUUGUUGUAUUGUCCAAUCAAGCCAUCACAAUUUAUUUUAAAGCCAAGUGUUGAUUCAGCAUUUUGUCCAUUACGCAAGAUGUACACACCAGAAGUUACAAUUAAAUCUCAGGGAACACAGAGCACCCAGACGUCUACCUCUGUUAGCCAAUGAAAUCAGUGCUCAAUUCCUGUUUCAACUUUCAAUUCUUCAUUUAAAAACAAAAUAAUGAAUUUAUUAUAAAUCAUAUGUAGGAAUUGUAUCAAUGUGAUUUUUGUUUCACCAAAGAAAAUCAAUUAGGAGGAUUUGUUUUGUUAUAAACUUCCUUACGAAUUUAAGUUGAAUACAUGUGACAAAAUUUUCCAUCAAGUGCUUUUGUUAAACCUCAGGUGUAUUUUGAUAAGAAUCUAAAGAUGGAGUUUAUUAUAACUUUUUUCUUCUUUGAAAUAGAAUUAUAAAUAGUAGCAUAGAUAGUGCUAAUUAAUUGCAUUUUAUCAUAAAUUUUCCAUUUGUUCACUUAUAAGAAAUUAUUUUAAGUACAUAUACAUGUGUAAAAAGGACUAGUUUUUUUGUUAGUAAGUAAUAAAGAUAAGUUUAAAGAAAUAAGAAGAAGGUUUCAAUUGUAUUAUAGUUUAUUUAAUUACACUAGAUCAUUUUUAGAAUGUUCACGGUAGUAAAGAAAGCUUCCAUUAUUUCUUUAUAAAACAUUAUUUAUUGCAAUAAUAUUUUUACACAUCUGCUUUGAUAAAAUAAAUGUUUUUCCUUAUGUUAUUGAAGAAUAUAUAGAUUUUUGCCAUCAAAUAAUAUAAUUGAAAUAUGAAUAAAAAUGUGAAUAUUUGUUAUUAUUUGACAUUUUAGUGUACACAUAAUGAAUCAUGGCUGUAAAUCAUUAAUAUUUUGACAUACAAGUUAUUAAAUAGGUCAGUCAAAUGUGUCUCGUUGUAACCGUCCACUUAUGUUAAAUAUUUUAUAUACAUCUCUUUAUACUAGUGAUAUGUUUAAUCUAUGCUGUUAGUCAAAACACAAACAGAAAUGUACAUGUCAAAUAUUUGUUCUUUAUUAUAAAUAAGUGUAUUUUCUACAUUAGAAACUCAUAAUCUAUUUGUAUUGCUGACAUCUCUGAAUGGAUAAUGCUUUAGUUCAUUAAGCUGGAAAUUUUGUUUGCUUAAAAUAGGUUUUAUUUAUUUUUCAUACUUCACAGUCAUAGAUACAACUAACAAAAAAUUGAUCUGUUAGUGAACUUUAUAAUUUUACCUAUUCUAACAGUUCAGCUGUCUUAUUUAAGGCUUAUCCUAACAAUUUAAAUGUAUGAUUUUGAUUUAAGUGAAAUAUUUCUUACAGGCAGCUAUCAAGUUUAGAUAGCCAUGACAAUAUCUCUUCCCAAUCUUAUACCAAUCUUUUUAUCAUUUAUGGUGGGUGCAUAAACAAGCUGUAAUAGUUUAAUAUUGAGAUACUAUUGUUUACAAUAUGCAUUCCUGAAAACACUUGUGCUUUUCACAGAAUUCAAAUAUAAAAGAUCAAACUUCAAUGAUUUAAAUAAAUAUGAGUUGUACCAAAAAGAUGGCUGUUUUCAAAAUUGUGUUUUUUUUUUUUUAGAAUGAAAUCAAGUAUUAAGAAAAACUAAUAAUACACUUAUUCUAAAUGGAUUUCAACGAAAAGGAAUUAUAAUUGUAUAGCCAUGUCUUCAAAUAUCUUGACAAGCAUAAAUAAUGUUAAAGGUGAAUGUAUUUUAGAACAGUAUUGUUUUAAAAGAUUGUUACUUUAUUUCCAUUCCUGCCAUUUAUCAAAUGAAUAUAAUUGUUUCUUCAGGGAUCAUGCUUGUUCAUGUAUCAAGUAGGGCUGUAGAAUCUCAUAGAUGAAAAAGACAUUGUCAUUGCAGAUAAUUACUAUAGUGUUUUAGGGGACAUCUGAUUUUUGAUUCUUUAUAAAUGGACAUGAAAUGAUAAGUAAGGCAUUAAGAUGGAUUCUAAUCAGAACAAAGUUUGAGUGAUACAAGCAUAUUUGGCAAGUUUUCUUUACCUGAUAAGUUUAUUUUGGGAGAACUAAUUGAGCCUAUAGAAUCAAAAGUGAAUCAUUUGUCUAUCAAAUUGUUUUAAUGAACAUGAAGGCCCAUAAGUAAUAAUUUUCAAAUUUUGACUCACUUUACAAUUAAGUAACACAGUUAUACAGAACAGUUUUGUUAAAUCAUUAUUAAAACUUUACAAUGAAAGAUAGUACACAAAAGAAAAACUAUCAAUGCUUACAUCAGUUUUGUUAAAUCAUUAUUAAAACUUUACAAUGAAAGAUAGUACACAAAAGAAAAACUAUCAAUGCUUACAUCAGUUUUGUUAAAUCAUUAUUAAAACUUUACAAUGAAAGAUAGUACACAAAAGAAAAACUAUCAAUGCUUACAUCAGUUUUGACUUUGUCUUCUUCAUCCAAUUUAGUUGUGUUCAGUUCAGUAUUGUACAUUGCACUAGUCUCUCUGUUUUCCAUCCAAUAUUUUUUUCUGACGCCCAUUUUGUAUAUUUUUAUGAACAAUGUGUAACUAUUUUUUCUUAUAUCCCCUUGUGCCAUAACAGUGAUGACAUAUCUCUGUUGUAGUAGAUGUUGGUUAUUAAUAUUUGAGUAUUUGUAUAUGAUGAUGCACAAAAACUGAAGGUCUUAAUUAAAAAGACAGAAUUAGAAAAAAAAGGAACUCACUUGCAGGAAAUUCUAUGGCAUUUUGAAGCAUAUUUUUACAUUUUGUAUUCAUCUCUUUUUCAUUUCAUUUAAAAUUCCCACCUUGCUAUUACAUGUAUCUAAUGUAAUAUAUUUAGUACUUGCAAUAUAUUGUGAUUUAGUGAGAAAAUUCUAUUUUAACAAAAGUUUGCAGUUUUUGCUUUAAUUUACUAAAUAAAUUUGUUUUGUUGAAAUAACAGUAAAAACCUUGGAUAACUGGAAAGGGAUCUGUUUAAAUUUAUCUGAGAUUUGAGUCAUUCAAGUUGCUACAUACAUGUUUUCCUGUUUCAAAUAUUUUUUACCAUGUAUUGUCAACCUUGUAUGUUAUUGUUUAAAGAUACAAAGAUACUUUAUAUUGCAUAAAUACUAGUUAAUAAUAGUUUCAAAGUGACUAUAGAAAAUUAGCUUGUCUGAAUUUUUUUAAUUACUCAGUAGGACUCAUCCAUGUUUAAAAUCAUUGGGAAUUUUUUUUAACAGGAAUACUAAAUCCCUAUAAUUUGCAGAGUUAACCACAGAAGAAGGUUCCAUUGUGUUAUUGCAAGAAUCCAUGCUGCAGCUACAGCUUUCAUUACAGCAUAGCCAAUUAUAAAAUAGUAUAUUAACCUUAUACUUCAAAAAGAUACAGUAAUUUGCCAAAGUAGGCAAAAUUGUCCAAUAGAUUGAAAAGUUUUCUUUAUAGCAAAGAAGUUACUGUAUUCUAAAUCAGUAAACAUGCAAAUAUUUAAUAAUCCUUAAGAUAUUUAAACUAACAAAAAAAAAUCAUCAAUUAAAGUUUGGAUUUUGUUUUAAACAUCUAUAUAAAUAAAAUCCAUGGUGAUACCUGGAUAACCUUCUUUAUCCUUGUUACAGGCCAUUAAUAUUAGUCCUCAGGCAAUCCAAAUGUAUAUAGUAUAUGGUACAUUUUUGCCUUGUAUUAUUAUUCUCUAUAUAUUAAGUACUACAAACUUGUCCCUGUAUGUUCUAUUGUAAUUUUAAUGUAAUAAGUUGCAAGAAUCCCUUUACUUUGGUGAUUUUUAUGUGUUUCUUCUGUUUAGUGAUUAAUUUAUCUAUUUAUUUAUAACAAAAUGGCAUGAUAUUUGGUAGUGCUAUGUGAAGCUGCCUUUCUAUUUAUAUAUAGACUUUUCAUGUUGAAUUUUCCAGUAACACAGAAAGUAUGUAUUCCUGACCAUUUAUUUGUGUGCUAAGCAAACAUCUGUUUAAUGGAAUACCAAAGGUUGUAAGACAAGAGUGAUUUUGUGUUACUAGAUAAUUCAAUUGGAAAUUGAUAGUUUAUCAUAAAUGCUUAUUGUAAGAUGUUUACCAUUAAUGCUUAUUGUACAAUGUCACUUAAAUAAAAUAUUGUAAUUGCUCUUUUCUUUCAGGUUAGGAUUUUUUUUAAAUAACAUUAUCCCUGGAGAAGGACAUUAAGCAUGUACGAUAAACUUUAAAGAUAGUUUGUGUCUAUUUAUUUGUUAAAGAUUUGUUAAGACUGAUACUGUACAUAGUUAUGUUGUAUAUUUUGUUUGAAAAAGAAUAAAUUGUUAUCUUUUCUAAA